GAACUGCCAUCACCUACUUAGUUAGUUUUGAGUAACUCAACCUUGACAGAGAUCAGAGAACGAUGCCAGACUUCCUCACUUACACUUCUACAAUGAACAUUUUAUGGUUUCUACUCAUUCUCACAGGGACCUGGGCUGAAGUUCCGUCAAUAGACAAGUAUGGGCUGAAGGGAGGUUUGGUGUGUCUGGCCGUUGCUGAAUCCCCUGGGGAGCAUAAAGAACUUAAAUGGAAAUUCAAAAGUGAUGUAAUAGUUGAUAAUAAAGAGAUCUCCCCUCAAUACAAGGAGAAGGUGCAAUAUAACCCGGUGAACCACUCUCUGUGCAUUAAGAAUCUGAAGGAAACGGACAGUGGAAUUUACUAUCCGACUGUUGGAAAAUGGAAUUUAGAAACUAUUAUUGAGUACAAAGUAACAAUACAGGAAGCUGUUUCCAUACCAGUCAUGAAGGUGGUGUCUCUCUACUCCAACUCAAGUAGGGGACAAUGUAACAUCACAGUGAACUGUUCUGUUAAAGACGUCUGGGCACUGUCUGUCUGUAACGGGCGUCAGUGCACACUGUCACAACAGUCACUCACCGUAGUCAAUAUCACCAUCUCCAAUGACAACAGCACUAUCCAGUGCACAGGCAAAAAUCACGUCAGUGCAGAGACCAACUCACAACCCAUGAAGGACAUGUGCAUUGUCAAGGGUGGGAAAGCUUCAGAAUACCCAGUUGGCAUCAUUGUGGGCAGUGUUACUGGAUUGCUACUCAUUAUUGUGUUUGUUGGAAUACGACGCAUCAAAUCAACCAGAAGAAGGGCCCGUAAAAACGAGCUGCCACUGCAGGUCAACCCAGUGAGCGCUCCACAAGGGGAGAGACCGGGACCACAAAACACAGGGGCUUCUGACGUAACAACCAUCUACGUCACUGUAGGGAAACCAGGAGCUGCAGGAGUGGAGCUCCCGUCACCAGAAGAGAUGCCAGAGUCACAGUCAGCGGCAAUCUACAGCACUGUGCAGCAACCAGCUGCAGAAGAGUCUCACCUAGGGGACAAAGUGGGCGCUACAAAAGAAGACAGACCAGGGCCGCAGAGCCCUACAUCGAUCUACAGCACUGUACAGAAACCAGCAGCAGCACAGUGUUGCCCAGUGGACAAAUACAGGAAUAAUCUCAACAAACCAGACAGAGCUGCUCAAUAGGAGAUAAACUACCCCUCCGUCCCUCUCACAGUUACCCUGCUAUUACAUUGACUAAGACUUGACCCGUAGACUCAGAUAGCGAAAAGCAAAACACGGGAAAUUGUGAAAGAGGAAGAAUGAGGGGAAAUUGAAUAUAAAAAAAAAACAUUUACUUAUUUUGCUUAAUUAAUCAUUCCACCUGUACAUGCUUUAUUAAAAAUACAUGUAUACAAAACAGCUGAAUUAAAAAACAAAUGGGAAUCCCGUGUUUGAUCCCAUCUUCAACAAACUGAAAAGAAGGUUGAGAUGACAGGCUCAACCAAACAAUAGCAAUAAAAAGACACGGACAACCAAUCAACUGUAUAUCAUAUUUUCUUGGUUAUCAUUUUUGUAAUAAGUACCUUAUCUAAUUGGCUAAAAUUCACUAAAUGUGAAUCGCUGGUAAAUGACUGAAAUGUCCAAUGUCAAUGAUCGAUGAGAAAGCGCAUUUACAAAUAUCAAUAGAAAAGUUUCAAUCAAUUUCUGUAGGAUCUGUUACAUCUAGCUGGCUAUGUGGUAGAACUACAUAGGUACUAUACAGGUAUGACAGAUUCAAUGAAACUAAUGUUCUAUGACUGAAUGGAAUUUCUUUGAAUUGCACUUAAUUCAAUUCUACUCCCUGCCACUCAAACUCAAAUUAUACAUCAUGUGGGGUGUGGCCAAUUCAAUUAGAAUUUCAACUCAUGAGUUGAAUGGCAGUCAAUUCCAAAGUUCAGAAUUGAGCCCAACCCUGGUGAGAAUGUGUUUGUUAUUGUGUAUUUGAAUAAAUGCUUUUGAGUGUACAAUGUAUACAUGCUUUUAAGCGUGUGUAUGUGUGUGUGUACUGUAAAUUAGCCUUAAACAUGUCCUUACUUGAUGCUGUCAUUAAGAUUUGUAUUGUCAAUCCAGACCCACUGUCCGUCUUACAUCGCUUCUGUCAGUCCAAUCCAGGGGAGUGUCUGCAACCCUUCUCCUCGGUGAUGUAGUCAAGUCACUUAACCACGAGCCUGAGUCGAGUCCCAAGUCCCUAGUGUUUGAGGUCCGAGUCCUUUAUUCUCAAGUCGAGUCAUGGAUGCAGAUGUCCUCCGUCACGGAUGCAAGCGUAUCGACUUUGUUCGUUGCUGGAGAAGUAGUAGCAUGAUCCACUGUGAAACUCCAAGACAGGAUAACAUUGUGCCUUCCCUCACUCUUCUCCGGAAGCAAUCUAAAUGGAAUUACUCACAGUACUAUAUCCUGAUAUGUUCAUGUUAAAUGUGUGUGUUCCCGUUUAGGAGUGCACGAGAGUUGUGGACAAAAAUCCCCCCCUCCCCCAAAAAAUAUAAAAAAGAUUUUUACAUGA